UGUCGUGGUGUCCAACAUGCUCCCUCUGUUGCUACCAACAGUGAUAUCUUUAACAGUGCAAGUCCUGUCAGUUAGCGAAGACGAGUUGUUAAGAGUACAGCUCUCCUCCGACGGCUUUUCCAGGAGGCGACGCUAAAAUGUAGCCCGAAAGCAGAUGCGAUUCUAGUGCCAGUAAUUUAUUGUUUUAAUAAACUGUUUAGUUCACCUCCGGGAUAAGUGACUGUUUUUCUAGUGAUUUUACAAUUCUAAACUUUUAUUAAAUUAAUGCAAUUUAUUGGGUCAAUAAUCUUUAAUGUGCUGAUUGAUUUAUUUUCGUGUUGUGUUGUGAAACUUGUUAAAAAGAGAAAAGAUACAGUCUCGCCGAUCUUGCACUCUUGCAUCUGUGAUCUGUCGUUGCUUAUUUACACCUGCAUCAGGACUCCCUCGAAACGAAGAGAUGAAAUGUUUUACGAAGAUGGUGGUGUGGCUGACGGAUCUCCAAAAGUAGGACGCUAUUAAGGGAGACCGAGGUGCAAGGGUUGGUGUUGCCCUUAAUCCUCGAAUUUACCCACCGCCAUCGCUGGCUACUAUGCAAAUUGCACACUGGAUCCGAGCCCUCGUUGCGGUGCUUGGCUUCGCCGCCGUUCUUCCAGUAAGUUGCAGCGAGCAUUUCAACAACACGCUCUUCGAUCGCAGCAAACGCAGCAUCCACAAACACCAUCACGACAGCUGGUACGAACACGACGUUCAUCUGUGGUUUCCCGGCAAGUUGUUGAAUCACCGCGACAACCAAAUGCUGCUGCGCGAAGAAAGCAGCAGCGGCAACAACGGCAGCGAGUGCUGCCCCUCCGUCCUCGAGAUGAUCGAACCCCAAGGGGGCAAAAACCGGCAAGACCAAUACGUGGAAUUGUACCGGGAUGGGGACUACACGCAGAGGUUCUACGAGCGGUCGUGCCAUAAGGAGAUUCUGGGGAAGCCGUGCAGGUUCAUGGACAAAAAGCUGCACGAGCACUCGAAGUGCAUCCAGAAGUAUAGCUACACUUAUGCACUGGUUCGGGACCUGGGGAGGCAUCAUAUGCAGAGGCCAAAGAAUUUCCCGUCGUUAGCGGCACCAGGGGGAGUUACGUGGACUUUAGACUAUAUAAGGAUUAGAAGUGGUUGUGCUUGUGUAGUUACGCCUAAUAAGAAGAAGAGAGACAGGCUGAAACACCGAAAGACGAGAGUCAAAGACGAUUCAAAAUAAACUUUUUAAGAAAUUUCGGUAUACCAAAGGACUUAGGUGUGCGUAAGUUGCGACUGGAACGAUUUUCUAGUGGUUAGACAUUCCAAUCAUAGGCCGGUCCAGGUUUUGGCCUAUUAUUUUGCUCAUUGUAUUUCCUGAUAAUGCAAGAUGGUUCAUAUUAUCUAGGAAUAAAAUAGGCCUUCGUGCAGUAAAUGACUUCUUACGGAAGUUUAACGAAAACAGGAUUAUCGUUGGUCACUCAAGUGACCCUAUUAUUUGACAUGUGAAUGCACUAGUCUACUAUUAAAAAAUAAUAUAUAACUCAUUGUAAAAAAUGAUUGAAAGGUAAACCAUAAAAGGGUAAUUCGACUUACAAAGUGGAAAUGAGUACCGCUACAACCGUAAACAACCUACACGCAUAUUAUAACAGUGUAUUUGUGUAUUUACGAACAGUAUUAAUAGAUUUUUAAUUACUUGUCUUAAUACUCAAAAAACAUUAUCACCAAUACUCAUCGCUUCUUACAUAAUUUUUAGUAUUAAAUUAUUUAUGGUUACCUACUUUCAAAGUACUGAAAAUGUUAGAUUUAAGAAAUAAUUUGCCGAAUAUUGUUUUUAUUGAAAUGUGAAAUGUUUAAAAAAUUAUGUAAAUAGUUGCUAUUUAUUGCUUUUGUAUUUUGGAACUAGUAUUACUGUUCAAUUUUUUGCAUUUCAAUAAAACGUAAUAACUGUGUACCUCAGAAAUUAGUUUUAAAUUUUUAUAUUAUUUUAUUGAGAAAAUUAU